GCUGUGGGCUGGAGUUCCUGCUGGUUCUCUGUGGGCUCGAGCUUUCCUGGUCCUGCCCCCAUCACUGUAUCUGCUACACUGCACCCAGCACGGUCUCCUGCCAAUCCCACAACUUUCUGUCGGUGCCUGAAGGCAUCCCUCCUGAUAGCGAACGUAUCUUCUUACAGUACAAUAAAAUCCACCGUUUACUACGGGGCCACUUCAGCACCAACACCGUCACGCUCUGGAUCUACUUCAACAACAUCACGUACAUCGAGCCCUCCACCUUCCAUGGCUUCACAUUGCUGGAGGAGCUGGAUCUGGGAGACAACCACCACCUGCGCUCUUUGGCUGAGGACACCUUUCACGGGUUGAGUCGGCUCAGCUCGCUUCACCUGUACCGCUGUGGGCUCAGUUCGCUCCCCAAUAACAUCUUCCAAGGCCUCAGAAACCUACAGUAUCUCUACUUGCAGGAUAACCAUCUGAAGUUCCUGCAGGAUGACAUAUUUAUGGAUCUCCACAACCUGAGCCACCUGUUCCUACACGGAAACCGUCUGUGGAGCCUGAACCAGAACACUUUCAGAGGUCUUCGAGCUUUGGACCGUUUGCUUCUGCACCAAAACCAAUUGGAGUGGGUUGACCGCUUGGCCUUCCACGACCUGAAACGUCUCACCACCCUCUACCUGUUCAACAACUCCCUGAUAGAGCUGUCCGGACAGUGCCUGGACCAACUGCCCGCCCUGGAGUACCUGCGCCUCAACGACAACCCUUGGUCAUGUGACUGUAAGGCUCUGUCGCUGUGGGAAUGGUUGAAACGUUUCCGAGGUUCGACGUCUUCAGUGGGUUGCCAGGCGCCGGCUGAUAUGGUUGGGAAAGACCUCAAGGAGCUCCGCAAGGAGGACUUCCCCAACUGUUCGCCAACUGUUCCCAACUCCGAGUCCAGAGCCCAGACUAACAAUUUAUCUGGGACAGUGAAUCCGAAUCGUGGCGUAGCAGUGGGGUCUGGAGGGCAGACCCACAUAGUUCACCCCUCGAGGCCCGGCCGUUCUCGGAACUGCACAAAGCCUCGCAACAGGGUGAGCAAGGGGAAGGGUGACAAUGAGGUUCACCACUCGAAAGAGGUCAUGGCAGACAAGGAGGAUUCUUCCCCAGAUUUCACGGAGGGGGGAAAACAUGACCACACGUCCCCAGAUGGCACGGUCACACGGAGGAAGCACAAGUGCCCCCGGACCACUGUUCGCCCCCCUAGUGGGGUCCAGCAAGCCAACAAUAGGGCGACCUUAUCCCAGUCCUUACUACAUGUCUACGCCCUCUUUGUGGCCUUGAUAGCGACAAAUACUGACUACAUUCUUCGUUGACCUUCAGAGGGCUUAGCGAAUGCUAAUCACAAAAAGAAAAAACACAGCCCUCAGACCCUCUCUUGCUCCUGCACUACAAGGCCUGGGUGUCUUUUAUGUACGUGCGUGAGUGUGAUUAUAUGUGUAAAUGUCGUGUAGGGAGCUUUACUGUUCAGACUGAAACAGGUAUCAAAGCAUCAAACAUCUACAAGAGAAAGACUCACAGCACAGGAAUCCGAGGGACUGAGAAAGACAAAAGGUGAAUGCAGACCAAGCUUGCACUGCCAAUGCCAGUAUGAUUUCUUCACAUCUUUGUGUCUUAUAUAUUUUUGUUUCCUUUUGUUUUUCACUCAGCUGGAGCUCAGAUAACCAAAAUUUGGUAGAAAAAAAAUUAAAAAAAUAAGAGAGAGAGCAAAAGAUUAAGAGAUGACAGAGCAAGCAGGGUUCAACUUGCUAUCUAGUUGGCUCUGAAACAAAUGAGCUAGGUCUUCAUGUGCUCCAUUGAGCUUUAAUUUGGAGUUUGUUAUUAAGGAGGUAUAAAUAGAAAGUUGAUGAACCUGUGAGGCCUCCAGCAUAAGUCUUAUCUCGCUCUCAUCCUUUCCUUCUGUUGCAUCCUUUGCAAACAACAGGUCCGAACAAUUGGUUGUCUUUCUAAUAAACAAAGACGUAAGCACGGCAAUAAACUGUCAGUCAAUAACAGACAUCGGGAUUUGCCAUUCUCACUGCAGAGUGAAAAUCUAUAGCCGCAGAUGUUUUAAGGCCAUAAAAAGAACAAGCAGUCUGCUCAUACGCUGUAUGAAGCCGCAACACAUUGUAACACCUACUCUCUAUAUAAUGCUGGCUUUUUUCAGGUACUGUACCUUCUGCCUAACAGUCUUUCUGUUCACAACUCUUUCUGACAUCUUCAUUCACACCACUUUACUCCUUCUGUGCAACUGAAGAUUAAGCUGCUAAUUGUUUCAAGAUGAUGAUGACUGCCAUCCGCUACUUUGAUUUGCUUGGGAAACAAUGUGUGUCUCUGGGAGAUCAAGCUGUGAAUAUCGAAGAAGUCUGUCUAUAUCUCGUGUCAGAUGUUGUUCAUUUGAUUUUUUUAAGACACAAAACGGACCUAGAGAUGGAUUCCCUGCUGCGAGGGGGAGCCGACAGGAGCCUUAGAGGUGAAUGGUCUAAUUGGAGUGGAGGGGGAGGGGGGGUUUCUCAGUUUCCCGAUGAGGUUGUGUCGAACUGAUCCCUCCUCGGUGAGAGCAUCCCCGCCCUCAUUGGGAAUGUGAGGAACGCGUUUUUUUUUUCCUCAAUCACUUAACUUUGAAAGAGAACAAGACUCUAGAAAAAAAUAAAAAUGUGCGUGUACCUUAAAUGACUCGAUAAUGAACAAUCUGAAUGGAGCAUGGCAAAACUGGGAUCAUGCAGCGAGAAUUACGCCUCUUUAUUAACUGACGCGAUUGUCUAAGGAUGCGGGGGAUCUAAGACCAAGACAAUCGCUUCUGAAGUGAUAAGAGGAUGCGAUGAAACGCAGACUGGCAGAUGGACUAUUACGGGACAUCUUGCUGUACUUCUGGAAGCUUUCGUGCCUCCCCUUAAAUGUACUGAUACGAUGGUGUUUGUAUCGAUGAUGACGUGAACUGUACCAGUGACGACGGAGACGAGAGGACUUCUUGCAGUGCUGAUAUUAAUCAUUUACUGUAUUACUAUGAGAAAAAACAAUAUCAGUGACAUCAAUGAUGAUAACAGGGUUUUUUCUGCUCCUCCUGUCGGGAGGAGCGCUUCGAUCUUUGGUUUUUCUGGUGAUUCGUUUCAUUUACGUAUUUUUCCAUGUUAUAUUUUUAGAAACCUUUUAUUUGUCGAAGCACAAUUCCUCACCUCCCUCCUUCUCGUUCUACUGUAUGCCUACUCAUCUUUUCUUUUUUUUCUUUUUCUUUGCCAUAAUAAAACUGUUCAGUAAGUUAUCAUCAAAGAACAACAGUACAAAAAUGUUUAUAAAGAUAUUAAAAUCUAUAUCUUCUUAUGUCUA